UUCCCAGUGAAGGACCCAGGCGCCUCCCCGUGCCUCCAUUUUCCACGGGGAGGGAAACUAAUAAAUCCACUCCCUCACGCUGUGGGCAAAGGUUUGCCUCCUCUCUGCAGAGAGCCCGACAAAGACACAGCAGGGAUUUUGGGGACUCCAGGAGACGAGGUGGCCCUGUCAUCCUCCCUGCUGUCAGCCAGCCCCCCAACACAUCCUCAUCAACAGAAUGACCGAUUCGGAUGCCUACCUGCGGCAACCUUGGUGCACGGUGCAUGGCAUCCCCAUGGUCCAUGCAUUCGCCCGUGACUGGGAGCGGAUUGACACCUUCCAGAGCCACCCGGACGACAUCGUUGUGGUCACCUACCCCAAAUCCGGCACUACCUGGGUCAGUGAGAUCGUGGACAUGAUCCUGAAAGGAGGUGACCCCGAAAAAUGCAAGCAGGAUGCCAUUGUAAACCGAGUACCCAUGCUGGAAUUUGCUGCCCCCAUGAAGAUGCCGGCAGGCACGGAGCAGCUUGAAGCCAUGGCACCCCCUCGCAUCAUCAAGACCCAUAUCCCAGCUCACAUCUUGCCUAAAUCCUUCUGGGAAAAUAGCUGCAAGAUGAUCUACGUGGGUCGCAAUGCCAAGGAUGUGGCUGUCUCCUUCUACCAUUUUGACCUGAUGAACAAACUGCACCCACACCCUGGGACGUGGGCCCAGUACCUGGAGGAAUUCAUGGCCGGGAGAGUGGCAUACGGCUCCUGGUAUGACCACGUCAAGGGCUACUGGGAGCGGAGGAAGUAUCACCCCAUCCUCUACCUCUUCUAUGAGGACUUGAAAGAGGACCUCCGCCAGGAGAUUGCCAAGGUGGCCCAGUUCCUAGGGCGGGAGCUGUCAGAGGCAGCACUGGACACCAUCACCCAAAACACUUCUUUUGAGAUCAUGCGGGACAACCCCACCACCAACUACAGCAUGGUGCCCUCGCACCUCAUGGACCAGGGUGUCUCCCCCUUCAUGCGCAAAGGCACCACUGGAGACUGGAAGAACCACUUCACUGUGGCCCAGAAUGAGAGCUUCGACCAGGACUACGCACAGAAGAUGUCAGGCACUGACCUGCGCUUCCGCACCCAGAUCUGAGGAGGCACCACAACACGCUUCACAAAU